AUGCCUUCUGAGACUUCCAAGACCCUAGAUAUUGGUGUUUUCCUCCCUAUUGGAAACGAUGGAUGGCUCAUCUCUACUGCCGCCCCGCACUAUAAACCCUCCUUCGGUUUGAACUGCAAAGUUGCGAAGCUCGCCGAGUCGUAUGGCUUCGACUUUGCUUUAUCAAUGAUCAAAUUCAGGGGUUUUGGUGGCAAGACAGAACACUGGGACUACAACCUUGAGUCUUUUACCCUUAUGGCGGGCAUCGCAGCUUGCACUUCCCGCAUUAAGCUGUUCGCUUCGACUGCCGUUCUCGCUCUACCGCCCGCUAUCUGUGCCAGAAUGGCAGUCACUAUUGAUGAUAUUGCCAACAGCACGGCAGAGUCCGAGCAAUACAAGAACCGCUUCGGAGUUAACAUGGUUACCGGGUGGCAAAGCGCAGAGUUCACCCAGAUGGGCCUGUGGCCCGGAAACGAGUAUUUCGGCUACCGAUAUGAUUAUGCCGAAGAAUACGUGCGGGUCAUGAAAGAUUUAUGGAAGAAUGGUAAGUGCGACCUGGACGGCAAGUAUUUCAAAAUGACCGACUGCCGCCUGGAACCUCGGCCAGCCGGUGACAUCAAAAUCAUUGCCGCCGGGCAGAGCGACCGCGGCACAAAAUUUGCGGCGGAUUAUGCGGAUUAUAACUUCACUCUUGGAAAGGGAAUCAACGCUCCGACAGCAUUUGCUGAGUCGAACCAGCGGUUGAUUGAUGCUUCCAAGGAGACAGGAAGGGAUGUCGGGGCCAUGAUUCUUAUGAUGCUCAUUAUGGACGAAACGGAUGAGGCAGCCGAGGCGAAAUGGAAGCUUUACUGCGAUAAUCUCGACGAAGAGGCUGUAGCCUGGGUCCAUGCCCAGUCGAAGAUGGACACAAAGGCAGACGCGCAGAGUAUGGUCGCACGUUUUGUGGAAGGAGCGUCAGCGGGCCAUCUGGUCAACCUGAAUGGAGGCACCUUGGUGGGCAGUUACUCAAAGGUAGCCAGCUUAUUGGAUGAGAUUGCCGAAGUUGAGGGAGUCAAAGGUGUUAUGUUGCAGUUUGAUGAGUUUGUGAGUGGAGUGGAACUAUUCGGAAAGUACGUGCAGCCCAAGAUGAAGACGAGAGUAGGCAAGGAUCCACAGUCAAAUGGUGUAUGA